GUUUUAUUGUGAAAAAACGUCUUUUCGUCACUUCCGGCUAAUGUCGAAUUCCCAUAACAUCUAACGAGAGCUGCAGCGGAAAGCUGAAGGUACAUCUAUUGUCAGGAAAUUUGAGCCAAAACACAGAAAAUAAGAAAAUGUCAGACACGGAGACAAAACCAUCCAGUCAAGACGGCGGCGAUAAGAAGGAUGGCGAGUAUAUAAAGUUAAAAGUGAUUGGUCAGGACAGCAGUGAAAUCCACUUUAAGGUGAAAAUGACCACACAUCUAAAGAAACUCAAAGAGUCGUACAGCCAGAGACAGGGCGUCCCAGCGAGCACACUAAGGUUUCUGUUUGAGGGACAGAGAAUCGCAGACAACCAGACUCCAAAAGAGCUUGGGAUGGAAGAUGAAGACGUCAUCGAGGUGUAUCAAGAACAGACCGGGGGAUUUUGGAACGAUUAAACCUCUCAGUUUAUUAUUAUUUUGAUUUUUUUUGUUUUGUUUUUUGUAUGUAUGUAUUGUUGUUUGUUUUCAAACCAUCUGGAUCAUAAUGGACUCACUGGGCUUCCAGGUGUGAGACAGGGAGGUGCACAGACAGCAGGUCCCUGGUUCUGCAGAUGGAGGACGUUCUCGUUGUCAGCCCGAGCUUUAGCAUUCUGCGUCAUAUCGGAUUCCCACAAAUCAUGCCUCUGUGUUGCUGCUUUUGUUUUUUUUAAUCACUUGUCAAAGGGUUCAGAAAUAAACGUCAUAAAAGCAAAUGUUAAAAACACGUACUGAUUUUUAAGUGGCUGUAUGAGUUAUAAAAACCAACAACGUUGUUGUCCUGAAGCCCGGAUAUUUCACACCGUUUAAGACUUUCAGCUCUGCUCCUGUUUGGGAAAUGUCCUCAACGAGAAAUAAAUGGACAAUAUCCAGAUUUAGUUCAAACGAAGCAGGAGACAGAAUUUCUAGUGUUGCUUGACUUUAGCUCUUUAAACUAAGAUGUGAGUGGUUUUAUUUUUUUUAUAUAGAAGUAACUUUUAAAGUGUUUGAAACGGUCCAGGCAGUGAAACACGUGUCUGCUUCUAAAAGAUUUUAUAAUUUCUUUGCAACUUCAGGGCUUCAGAGGUUGCCAUGACAACAGCUCUUUUACUAAAUGGUCAGAAACCAGAAUGUGUCUUUUAUAUUUAACUACCAAUGUAAAAUGAUGUUUUCAUUUAAAUAAAAAAACCUUUUGAUUCUAAAUUUGGAUUUUCUAAAAACACUUUUUCUGUGAUCCAAAAGGAUCCCAGGAAGCUUUUCAGUAAAUCUUAAAAUGAGUUUCAUUUUCUACUUUUACUGGGGUGGUUCAACAGCCCUGUCUCUGCUCAGGCUGGGAUUACUGGACCAUAAUCUGGGUUUCUGUGGAUUAAAUCAGUUUUCUACAUCUCAUCCAAACUAAAACUUCUCUGCUGAUAUUUUAUGACUUUUUUAUUUUAGUCGUGCUUGUCUUGUAUAUUUUGUGUUCAGCAUUAAUGUGUUUGAAUGGAAUAAAGUAUAUAUAGAUGAAAACUUUCUGCUGAUUCUGUCCAGCAGUUCAAAUGUUUUUAAGCGAUGAUUUUGGUGCUUCUUUGGAAGCGUACAUGUCUUGUGAUGAAAUCUGAACCCGAUAAAAACAACCCGAACUGCUUCGUAAAGCUGGAUAAGGAUGUGAUCCGAUGUUUGACAGCAUGAACUGACCUGAGACCAGCCGUCUCUACUGCCACACGAGGGUUUUCUCCACCAUCUGUAACAAUGUGGAGUUACAUCUGCUUAAAUUAUAGACAUACACUUUAAUAAAUGAGUUGUUUCCUUCCAGAGAUGCAUGCAAUAAAAAAGUUCAGAACCUUUGGAUUAAACUUGUCGGUGUUUGAAUAAUGAGCAGCUCAGGUGAACUCGUCUCCACCUGAACCGGGAGGGCUGUGAUUGGGUGGAGGAACCUUGAUGCAGAUGGUUUGAAAUGAUGGGAGAUGUGAUUUUUUUAUUUGAAUAAAAUAUUUAACGGAAAA